UUUUUUGGAGGAAUUUUGCGGUUCAUUACGGUUCAUUUGCGGCUCGUUACCGUAAUUACCCGCGGCACCGGGAGGCUAAUUAAAACAGAACGGGUCCGAGGCGAGAAGGCGUUUCCCCCGGUGGAGCAGAUCCCGGCCGGAACAAUGACGCCUCCGCUGCGCCCUCUGCUGGCUCAGACGUGCAAUAACUGACUGGUUUAAGCGCUGUGACUGCAGUUCUGCUCUUGUCCGCUAGAUGUCGUGCUAACAUCACGUGUCAGAAACUGGCUUCCACAGAUGUGAUGAAGGUCAAAAAGCAGUGAUUUCAGAGAUUCAUCAUCAUAGUGUAUUCAGCCAGCUGGGCAUAGAGUGUGUGUAUGUACAUCACACACACACACACACACACAGUGAACAAUAAUAUGAAAACAGAAUGAAAUCUUAAAGCUGUCUACUCCAUCUACACCUCUGUUUAUUCUCUGGAGGAAUUCUUCUGGACAAAAGAAAGGUCAUCCAGACCGCUUCUGUCCGAUGGAUUGUGUCAGUAUGGAUGGAUGAGAACCUUAAAGGGCCAGUGCAAACCUGUGUGUGAGUCGGGCUGUAAACACGGCGAGUGUGUUGGACCGGAUCAAUGCCGCUGUCAUCCAGGAUUCACCGGCAAGACCUGCAACCAAGAUGUGAACGAGUGUGCGUUCAGGCCGUGUAAGUACAGGUGUAUGAACACACCGGGCAGUUAUAAAUGCUACUGUCUCAACGGCUACAUGAUGAUGGCUGACGGCACGUGUCGCAACGCUCGUACGUGUGCGAUGGCUAACUGUCAGUACGGCUGUGCAGUGAUGAAAGGUGAGGUCAGGUGUCAGUGUCCCUCUUCAGGGCUGCGUCUCGCUCCUGACGGCAGGACUUGUGUUGAUGUGGACGAGUGUGUGACGGGUCAGGCCUCGUGUCCGAGGUUUCGUAAGUGUGUGAACACGUUUGGCAGCUACGUCUGCAGAUGCCAUGAAGGCUUUGAGCUGCGGCACAUCAACGGAAAAUACCGCUGCACAGAUAAAAAGUUUUCAUCUAUUUGCUAUGACAAGCCCGGACACAAGAAAUGCAAGUGCACACCGAGUGUUAAUGGAAAGGUUUACGACUGUAAAUCUGUUCUUAAAGUCACCAUUGAGCCUGCAAGACCAGUCGAAGUCACAGUCAGCCCGACAACCGUCUCCACGGCAACAACUCCCAUGACAACUAACAGAAAAACAACUACAACUACUACAACAACAACGACGACAACUACAGCCGCUCCCACUACUACCGUUACCGUAGCAACUUCUGUUCCGUCAAGCACUGCCAUGACGACAGUAACACCGACUACUGUUGCUAUAGCAACAACAACAAAAGCUACAACUACAACAACAACAGCAACUACUACUACAGCCCGCACAACGGUUGCUAUGACCACAAGUCCAACUACAACGUUGACAUCAUCGGCACCGACAACUACAGACACGCCUCCAACGACAACCUCCAUCAACACUACAACAACUACAAGCACACAGAUGAGCUCAACUACAACACUAGACAACCGCAUUCACAGAGAGAACACCGCCAAACCACGAGGAGACGUACACAUUCCACGUUAUGAGAACAACCUGUUUGACUGGGACUUUGACGUUGAGCUGGGAAACACAGAGGAGUUCACGCGAGACGAUCCAGCCGCUGCUGCUGUGAGCUGCUCGUUUGAUGAGGGUUUGUGUGUUUGGAUGACGGACUCAGAAGGAGAUCUGCAAUGGGAAAUCAAAAACGAUCCCGCCGGUGGGCGGUACCUGUCAGUACCUGAGGCUAUGAACAGACGGAGUGUCAAAGGGGCGCGGCUUACAGUGUCACUGGCCCCGCCCACAAAGGCCUGGCAGGGCGGCGACCUCUGUCUGUCAUUUAGACACCGUCUCCAUGGAAACCACAUUGGCUCUCUGCAGGUGUUUGUCAGGAAGGGGCGGAGUCACAACCCGUCCAUCUGGACCAGGACUGGAGGACACGGCUGGAGACACGCCCAGAUCACACUUUGGGGGCGGGGCCUGCUUGAUAUUGUGCUGAAGGCAGAGAGACGGCGAGGAAAACUUGGAGAAAUCGCUGUGGAUGAUUUUAGUCUGAGACGAGGAGCCUGCAGCGAUGAACACCACAGGACAGAGUGACACACACACACACACACACACACACACACACACUGGACAGGUCAACAUUCAUAUUCAUGAGCUCAUCCACAUCUUUAUUUUAUGACCAUGAAUCUGCAGAUUUGUGCAGAACUGGACCAAAUUGUCUUGCAUAUUUAUUAAAUAUUAUUGGUUAUGCUGCUUUUGGGUAACAAUAACAAUGUUGGUACUAUCAGCUACGUUUAAUGCAUUAAAUUUGACAGAUUUCCUCACAAAAUCAGCACAGAAUGUGAAGCACGCGUGACCCAUAAUCCCUGAUCAGUGUCUUCAAACACAAAUACUCUUAUUUUAUUGUGUUGUAGAUGUCUUACAGCGUGAGUCUUGUGUGAAAAUAUGACAUUUCAGAGUCAAAAGAAACUAUAUUUUGUAGUUUUUUGUAUUGUGAUAAUAUUAUGAUUUCUGUUCAUAUUCUUAUUUAAUGCAUCCAGACUGUUAAGUUACAUUUUUCAGUCUUAUUUAAAAAUUGCAAUAAUAAUAUGAUUUUUUUUUUAAAUCAGCAUAAAUUAAAGGCAGCACAAAUGCUUUAACUAAUAUUAUUCUAUUAAAUUAUAACAAUAUUAUUUUUCACGUUUAAGGGUGGUACUUGGGCUUAAUUGUCAUUAAAACAAUGCAACAAAAUAACACAAAUUCUUUAAUUUUAAGGAAUGUUCCAAAAGACUAUUUGAAGAAAUGAAUAUUUGAGGUGAAAUGUGAGCUGGAUUAUGUGAGAUUCACCCACCGCAAUAUUUUGUGUUUGACUCACAAAACGUCUUUAUAUUUUUAUACAUCAUUAAUUCAUUCAGUAAUAAUUAGUGUUAGUAAAUCAGUAUUAUCAGUUGCCUUGUCAUUUAAAUACCAAAUUAAUAUGACUAUUUUUUUAUUUGCUUCAGCCUCAGGUGACUGUAAACGAACAGUUCUGUAGUGUGUGUCCCUGAUCUCUGACAGGCUUUUAUUGAAUUACACUUCUGUUUUUUUGUAGUCUCACGACACUGACGAUAAUUAGUACGUAUUUGAAUCGUUUUCACAUGUGUUUCUAUUCCUGUUCAGUUCUUUCUAUCACUUACUGUACUCAUGAAAUGUUUCUCUAACUUCUUUGUAAAUAUGUUCAGUUUUUUUGUACCAUAUUGUAUCUAAAUGUGUAUUUAAAGCUCUAAAUGCUUCAUAAACUCAAAUCAAAACCUCUGUUGUUGAUCAUUGUGAUUGAUCUGAUUGCAGCAGAUUUAAGGGCUGUUUUCUCAUGCAGGUGGUUAUAAAUUUUGGUUAUAAAAACAUUGUGGGAACAUUGUUUUGAAAUGUUUCUAAAACGUUGAACUGUCCAGUUUUCUUGUCAUGAUAAUAAUGUUAUUUAAAGGUUACAAAUAUGUUUGUUAAACGUUCUACUAGUUUUAUUUUUACCCAAAACAUAUCGUAAGGUUAUUUGAAGGUUUAUUUAAUUGUCCUGUUAUCUUAUCGUAAUUUGAACAUCAUUUAAA